AUGAGUGAGCAUUACUGCUCGAAUUCGAGCAUUUUCGCUCCAAAAAGCACCUAUGGGGCCAACCUCGACCGUCUCCUUGACUCCAUCUCCUCUCAUGCCGACUCAAGAGGUGGAUACUUCAACACGAGUGAAGGGAAGCCAAGCGAUGAUGGCACUGUGUAUGGCAGAUUCCUAUGCACGGGAGAUGUCACCAAGGAAGUGUGCAUGGAAUGCGUGACAAAUGCUAGUGUCAGUAUCAAAGAGAAAUGUCCUAUGGUCAAAGCGGCCAUUCUCUGGUACGACGAGUGCAUGUUGCAGUAUUCGGACCAUAACUCCCUUUCAGCCAUGGACGAAGAGCAUCUUCUGAUCGGGUAUAAUCCGGAGAACGUGAAAGAAAAGCCUGCUGAGUUCAUGAAUCAAUUGAACAAAACAAUGAAACAGUUGAUAACUCGGGCUGCUCAACGACCCGAUGAGAAGUAUGCCUUCAGUGAAUCAAGGAGCACUCCUCUAUACACAUUUGCCCAGUGCAGGCCUGAUCUCUCAGCGGCUCAAUGUGAAGAUUGCCUGCAGAAUGUGAUUUCGAUUCUCCUGACAAAUCAAACGGAGAAAAUCGGGGGCAGAAUCUUGCUUCCGAGUUGCUUCGCCAGGUUCGACAAAUACCCGCUUCAAGCCGAAAAGGAAAGGCAUUCUUCGUCAAGAUUAGUUAUCGGGAUCACUCCUGCAGCUUCGGCGAUCGUGCUACUUUGCGCCGUGCUCUGUUUUGCCCUCAAAAGAGAAAAGAGCAAGAGAAACAAUGUCGAAGAAGAUCCAAUCGAGUUGAUGGCUCAUGGUUACUCAGCUGGAAGCGAAAUUUCCGAACUCCAUUCCCUGCAAUUUGAUGUGAGUGCAAUUGAAGCUGCAACAGGUUACUUCUCAGAUCAAAACAAAUUAGGGGAAGGUGGAUUCGGUCCAGUUUAUUGGGGCACACUCCCUUGUGGGAGGAAUAUUGCAGCAAAAAGGUUGUCUCAAAGCUCGAAACAAGGCACGCAGGAAUUCAAAAACGAAGUUGAAUUGGUAGCCAAGCUUCAGCAUAGAAACCUAGUGAGGCUAUUAGGAUUUGCCAUGGAAAGAGAAGAAACGAUACUGGUCUAGGAGCAUGUGCCCAACGGAAGCCUUGACCAGUUGCUCUUCGACCCUCAGCAAAGCAUACAAUUGAAUUGGUCGGCGCGCCACAAGAUCAUGGUUGGGGUGGCACGCGGUCUUCUUUACCUUCAUGAAGAUUCUCGGCUCCGAAUUAUCCAUCGCGACCUCAAAGCUAGCAACAUUUUGCUCGAUGACAAUAUGAACCCUAAAAUCUCGGAUUUUGGUAUGGCUAGGAUUUUUGGUGCUGAGCAGACUCAAGGAAGAACAAACAGAAUUGUUGGAACUUAUGGCUAUAUGUCUCCUGAAUAUGCCAUGUAUGGGCAAUUUUCAGUAAAAUCCGACGUGUUCAGUUUCGGUGUUCUAAUGCUUGAGAUCAUAACUGGCAAGAAGAAUCAGUAUUCUUACAUAUCAGAUGAUGACGCAGGCCUUCUUGACUAUGUUUGGGAACACUGGAGAAGGAGAGCACCAUUGGGAAUUGUGGAUCCUAUAAUUAGUGAAUCUAUCUCAGUAACCGAAGUGAUCAGAUGUAUUCACAUUGGCUUGCUCUGUAUUCAGAACGACAAAGAAGCACGACCUGCCAUGGAUACAAUUGUUCUUAUGCUUAGUAGUGCUGAUUCUGUUAGCCUCCCCGUGCCUGAACAACCAGCAUUCUUUGUUCCAAGUGUGAAGAACAAACAACAAUCUCAACAUCCAAACUCGAAUGGAUCCAGCAAGAAGCUCAACAGCAGCAAGAUAAUGCCACAAUGUUCAGAGACCAGCAGUUGUCUUACUGAUGUGGCUCCUCGAUAAAGAAUGGGAAAAGAUGACGGAGCACCCUCGAAAUCCACUG